AGUCGUCCAGUCUAGCGGCCGUUCAGAAAGAAAAAGAAGAUCUUGUCUGCAGUCAUGAGAUUGCCAUUGAGUCUCGAGCCGCAGAAAUAAAUACGUUGAAGGAAAACCACGAUACGGUCAGUAAAAAAAGUUUUGAUCAAUAUUUUAAUUGGUAUUCUUUUUCGGAAACACAUAUAGAUAUUGGUUUUUUAAAGAUGCGGUAUAGUCCGUAUGUAAACAAAGCCUUUGUUUACAUUUUUGUGCCAAAAUAUUGAGCUUUAUUCGACAACUAUUUAUAUUUUCAAGCUUCUAGAGUAUAAUAAAUCAUCAAGAAACAACAAUCAGGCUUUGCAAGAACCCAAAACAUAGUUAAACUGUUUGUAUCAUAAAAAGUGGGCUCCUUUGUGCGCAUGCGCAGAUCGGACUUUAGGGCACUUUAAAUAUUCAAGAGUUAUAACUAUUAUUCUUGGAAUGCGUUUUAGAGCACUAGUGAAAAUGCUGCGAAGAUAACAAGUUUAGAGCAAGAAAAAUUACAACAUGAAGUGAAAUUAAAUGCACUUUCAACAAGCGCCAAGGAAAAGGUAGAAAUAUUUUGUGUCCGAGAUCAAUAAAUUUAUUAAAAUAUUGAAAUAGACAAAUUAAAUUAAAUAAAUUAAAAUAUGUAAAUUAAAAUAUAUGAAUAAAUUUGUAUAAUUUAAAAUAAUGUAAAUUUAAAUAAAUAAGUAUAUUAAUUUAAAAAAUGUUAAUUAAAAUAAAUAAAUAAAUUAAAUGAACUAAAUAAAAAUAAGUAAAAAAUAAAUAAUAAGCAUGUGUGUGAACUGUAUAUAAAUGUCUUUCAGGAUGACGAGCUCACCGCUCUUCAAGCAAAUUUGACGAAACUCGCGGAAGAAAAAGGAGCGCUUCAAGAGAAAGUGGACACGAAUUUAAAGGUUUAAGCUUGCUUAUAAUGUUUCCUUUAUAUUAUCAACACGUUCGAGCUAGUGCCGUUUUUUGCAAAGGAAACUCGCUGUAUAGGCGCGUUUCAAGCGGCUAAGAAUAUUACACUGACUUCAUUUUAUGUGUUUUGAUGUAGAUGUUAGAUGAAAGAUCUUCACAACUCGAGCAGAGGGCGAAAGAAUUUGAAGUCACUAAGGUGCUCUGAAAUAUAUUAUCAGUCAAGUUUAAUACACAUACGUAAAAGUCUCGGAACUUGUCAACAAGAUGUGUUCGCAACAGGCUUGUAGCAAGCUUGUCAACAAGUUGUAACAAUGUUGUUAUUUUAUCAAGUUGCUACAAGGUUGUCACUCACAACUUGUUGACAAAUUGUUGAAUUGCAGGACGAUAACAAGUUGUUGGAACAACUUUUAACAAGUCUGUUGAGUUGCAAAGUUGUGAGAUUUUUUCGUGUGUAAGAACAAAUUUUGAUGGGUUCUAUAACCUGUUCAUUUUCGAUUACAACAAUCUUUUAAUAUUGACUGCAACCCUUAGAACUAUAUAGGUUAUUUUAGUCUACAGUACUAAUUUUUUAUAGUGUAUUCAACAUUUGUUUUGACAUUUUAAAGGAAUCACUUCAAACUGCCGCCUGUAGCAAAGAGACUGAACUCAAGACUCAACUGUCAGAUUUAAUGUCAACUUUAAAAUCUAUUAAAGAGAAAUUGCAUUUGUCGGAGGUGGGUAUAAAGUGUAUGUUUAUCCGUGAAAAACGCGGUCGUCUCAAGCGCUAAAAGUUGUUCACACUCGUUUGGGACUGGCUGGGCCCCUGAUUUUUAUACAUUUGUAUGUUUAGUUAAAAACUGAGGAAAAAGAAAAAGAGAUAGAAAGUCUUAGAGCACAGGUAUGUAUACGUUUUUUGUGUGAAAUUAAAAAUUCCAGUUUUUAUUCUUAAAGAAUUUAAUUUGGAAUAUUUCUCGUACUCAUGUCGUGCAUGAUAAACGUUGAUUUCAUCUCUCUCGAGGUUGAUCAAGUAACACAAGAGAAAACCUCGUUGGAAACAGAGAAAACAAAUGAUGCCAAGGUAGACCAAUUAUGUUUGACUCCAAUAUCGAUAAGAAAUGAUCCUUACUUACUGGACAUCUAGGGAGAACAGUUUAGAACUGAUAGAGGUAUCCAGUAUGAAUAAAGUUAGUUUAGUUUAGGUUUCCUCCUGUAGUAACACUGGAUCAAUAAGAGAUGAUACUUACUGGACAUCUAGGGAGAACAGUUUAGAACUGAUAGAGCUAUCUAGUAUGAAUAAAGUUAGUUUAGUUUAGGUUUCCUCCUGUAGUAGCACUGGAUCAAUAAGAGAUGAUACUUACUGGGCAUCUAGGGAGAACAGUUUAGAACUGAUAGAGCUAUCUAGUAUGAAUAAAGUUAGUUUAGUUUAGGUUUCCUCCUGUAGUAGCACUGGAUCAAUAAGAGAUGAUACUUACUGGACAUCUAGGGAGAACAGUUUAGAACUGAUAGAGCUAUCUAGUAUGAAUAAAGUUAGUUUAGUUUAGGUUUCCUCCUGUAGUAACACUGGAUCAAUAAGAGAUGAUCCUUACUCGACCUCUAGGGAGAACAGUUUAGAACUGAUAGAGCUAUCUAGUAUGAAUAAAGUUAGUUUAAUUUAGGUUUCCUGUAGUAACACUGGAUCAAUAAGAGAUUAUCCUUACUGGACCUCUAGGAAGAACAGUUUAGAACUGAUAGAGCUAUCCAGUAUAAAUAAAGUCAGUUUAGUUUAGAUUUCCUCUUGUAGUAGCACUGGAUCAAUAACAGCUGAUCCUCACUGGACAUCUAGGGAGAACAGUUUAGAACUAAUAGGGCUACCCAGUAUAAAUAAAGUUAGUGUAAGACAACAUUUUUGUAUCUCUCGCACAGGCUCAUCAAGAAGAAAUAAAGAAUUACGAAUCUAAAGUUCAAGAAUACUGUGACAGAAUUCAAGAGAAGGUGAGGGUAACCCAGGUGUCCAAUGCCGGCAUCUUGCUUCACUGUACCACCGAGGUACGCCUGUUGUGCGUACAGGGUAUUACAGCGACCUUAAGUUGUAGCUUCAAGUUUCUGGCUGAUAACUACUAGUUAAAACAUGAUCAACCGAUCUUUAUCGUUAUAACCGUUCUUUCAAAUAAAGGAAAGUUAGCUUUUAUUACCAUUUUCUAUUAAUCAGGAAGCUGGGUGUCAGGAAUUACAAAACUCACUCGACAGAAAAGACGAACAGCUGCAGGAGCAUCGACAAAAACUUGAGGUAAAAAUUAUGAUUUAAUGUCCAAGAUCCAUUCAUAGAAUAUGCUCAGACACAAACCGUCGCAGUUCGUUGUAGAACACUACCUACACUAGACCACCAAAUAAAUACAGUAUAAUCUGAAUUCAGGCUCAAGAGCAACAGUUAAAGAAGCCAUGUGAAAGUUGUAUUGAUUAUGACAAGAAGUUAUGUCGCUCUGAGGAAUUGUUAAAUCAAGAAAAACAACUGGUAGCUAACAAAGAGAAAGAAAUACUAGCAGUUGGAGAGAAGUCUGCGGUAAAUUAUUUGCUUUUUAAUUUAAAUUCUAAUCUUCUAAAACAAAACUUUUCUUCCUUCAAUUUGUAUAUUUGAAAAAGAGUUUUGCUAUUUGUAAAGGGAGUUUUGCUAUUUGAAAAGGGAAAUUUGCUAUAUUUGAAAAGAGCGUUUUGCCAUUUGAAAAGAGAGUUUUGCAAUUUGAAAAGGGAGUUUUGCUAUUUGAAAAGGGAGUUUUGCUAUUUGAAAAGAGAGUUUUGCUAUUUGAAAAGAGAGUUUUGCUAUUUGAAAAGAGAGCUUUGCUAUUUGACAAGCGAGUGUUGCUAUUUGAAAGGGGAGUUUUGCUAUUUGAAGAGGGAGUUUUGCCAUUUGAAAAGGGAGUUUUGCUAUUUGAAAAGGGAGUUUUGCCAUUUGAAAAGAGAGUUUUGCUAUUUGAAAAGAGAGUUUUGCUAUUUGAAAAGAGAGUUUUGCUAUUUGAAAAGGGAGUUUUGCUAUUUGAAGAGGGAGUUCUGGCAUUUGAAAAGGGAGUUUUGGGUUUUGAAAACGGAGUUGUGGGAGUUCUUGAAAUUUUCUACCUUACUUAAGCAUGCAUAAGACUUUCUGACCAAGGAUUGCAGUUAGCUCCAGACAUUUGCAGGUAGCGCCGCUAACCUAGGAUCCCAACAUCUGACAAGCAUGCUAUUGCAAACCCCUUUUAAUUUAAGUGGACACAUUGCUGAGGCCCCAUAGUGUGUCUGCUUACUCAGAGGGUUUGACUGUAUUCUAAAAUGUUGUUUCUUCAUUCAGGAACUUUCAAAACAAGUUGAAACUAUCGAAGAGGAAAAACAAAAACUGGCUCUUGAAAUACAAGAAAUCCAGGCAAAACUUCGAGAAGAAAUAAAUCAUAUUUCUCAGGUAAAUAUGCUUCUUUAUUGUCCGCUUUGUUCAAAUAUGCGAACAGGCAAAAAUGUCACAGCUUGCAGCAAGUGUCAACAAGUAUGCAACAAGCUGUUAACUUAUAUCAAGCUUGUUGAUAUUAUCAGACUUGUAGCAAGGUUGUUCUAACACGUCUGAUACAGUCAUGAUAUAACAAUAUUGUAUACAAGUUGUUAACAGCUUGUAACAAGCUUGUUGAUAUUAUCAGACUUGUAGCAAGGUUGUUCCAACAAGUCCGAUACAGUCAUGAUAUAACAAUAUUGUACAAGUUGAUUAAACAGCUUGUAACAAGCUUGUUGAUAUUAUCAGACUUGUUCCAAGGUUGUUCCAACAAGUCCGAUACAGUCAUGAUAUAAGUUAUAUAAAAAUAUUGCUCAGGAGCGUCGAAGCGGCUCUAAAAGUGGGGGGGGGACACUUGGCGCCCGCCGAAGGCGGGUGACCUUUAAGGGAGGUCCGGGGGCAUGCUCCCGAAAAACUAGAGUCUCUGAAAUGUCAUUUCCUGCACUUCAGAAGGAGAUUUACAGAGUUUUAAAGGCAACAAAAUGUCAUAAAAUAUCUCACAUUGUUUUGUCUACACGCGUAACUGAAAUAAUAUCAAUUAACGUUGUGGUUUAUAACUGACCAUUGUUAAAAAGUGGGGGGGGGGCAAAGACACUUAGGCCCUCCAACUAAAAAGUGCACCCCAUUCCGACGCCCCUGAUAUUGUUACAACCUUGUGUCGUCAACCUUGUAACAUUUUUGUUAUAUCAUGAUUAUAUUAUACUUGUUAGAACAAUCUUGUAACAGGUCUGAUGAUCAGCCAUCAAGCUUGUUCCAAACUUGUUAUAACAACUGGGAACAAGCAGUGCGAAUACAAUUUGACGACAGUUUGUGAGCAGAUUUGUAACAACUUGUGCGUUUUACGUGUGUAUAUCAUCUAUUGUCAUGAGUUGAUCAAGUGUGUGAAUUAUUCCCCAGGAGAAAACGUCUGUAGAAAAUAAAGUUACAGAAAGAAACAGCAGAUUGGAAGAGGCAAAAACUGCGCAAGACCAGAUUAUGAGGCAGAAUGUAAGUAUUGCAGACCGCUCAUCCAAUAAAAGGGUUUUGCGUAUCGCUAAAAAGAAUUCUCAAAUGAAUACCUUUUACAGGAAAACCUGGAAGAAAAGUUGAAAUUAAAAGAAAACGAAGUGAAAGAAAUGGAGCAAGUUAAGUAAGUUUGCCGAUUGAUGCAUUGCUGCUUUUUUUGUGUUUUACUUUGUACAACUAAACAUAGCAUUAAUUCUAAAUAGCUCUAUAUGUUCUAAACUGUUCUUCCUAGAGGUCCAGUAAGAGUCCUCUCUUAUUGAUCCAGUGUUACUAUAGGAAGAAACCUAAACUAAACUAACUUUAUUUAUACUGGAUAGUUCUAUCAGUUCUAAACUGUUCUUCUUGGAGGUCCAGUAAGGAUUAUCUCUUAUUGAUCCAGUGUUACUACAGGAUGAAACGUAAACUUAACUAUCUUUAUAUAAACUGGAUAGCUCUAUCAGUACUAAACUGUUCUUCCUAGAUGUCCAGUAAGGAUCAUCUCUUAUUGAUCCAGUGUUACUACAGGAGGAAACGUAAACUUAACUAACUUUAUUUAUACUGGAUAGCUCUAUCAGUACUAAACUGUUCUUCCUAGAGGUCCAGUAAGAGUCAUCUCUUAUUCAUCUAGUGUUACUACAGGAGGAAACCUAAACUAAACUAACUUAUUUGUUCUGGAUAGCUCUAUCAGUUCUAAACUGUUCUUCCUAGAGGUCCAGUAAGGAUCAUCUCCUAUUGGUCCAGUGUUACUACAAGAGGAAACCUAAACUUAACUAACUUUAUUUAUACUGGAUAGCUCUAUCAGUACUAAACUGUUCUUCCUAGAGGUCCAGUAAGGAUCAUCUCUUAUUGAUCUAAUGUUACUACAGGAGGAAACGUAAACUUAACUAACUUUAUUUAUACUGGAUAGCUCUAUCAGUACUAAACUGUUCUUCCUAGAGGUCCAGUAAGGAUCAUCUCUUAUUCAUCCAGUGUUACUACAGGAGGAAACCUAAACUAAACUAACUUUAUUUAUACUGGAUAGCUCUAUCAGUUCUAAACUGUAACAAUGCUGUUAUUUCAUCAAGUUGCUACAAGGUUGUCGCUCUCAACUUGGUGAUAAAUUGUUGAAUUGCAGGACGAUAACAACUUGUUGGAACAGCUUGUAACAAGUCUGUUAAGUCCGUGGUUUUAAAACCUAACUUUUCUGAGUCAGUGAAAAUAACUUGGUGAUUUUUUUUUUCAGAAUUAAUCUUGAAACCCAAAUCUCCUCAUUAGAAAAAGACGUGGAGAAUGAGAAAAUGCAGAGAGAAAAAGUUUGUAAAAUCCUUCAUAUGUACACGUCUCCAUUGAAGAGAACAUAUUUUAACUUGUGAAAUGAAUCUGGUUUUUUAAGUAAAGAUGUUAAUCAAUCAAUAAACAAUCUUUACCAGAAAAUGAGCUGUCUAAAUUAACAUAAAAAAAGUGUGCCACAAUUGUAUUGUAAAUAUUUAUUUUCUCAAUUCAGGCAGUGGACGAAAUGAACGAGAAAGAAAAGAUGUUGAUUGGCCAAAAACUUGAAGUUGCAAACCAACUCGAAACCUUGGAGACAAGCUUAGCUAAGGUUUAGUUUCAUUUUUGCAAAACUCCACAGAUAAGGUUAACCUCGUACUAAAGUAAAGGAACUUUAUCAGGGCUUGGUUAUGGUUAAGGCUAUAUAUUGUUUGUUGGAGUUCGGUUAGGGUGAUUUGUUUUUAUUCUACUGCAGGCCAAAGAAGAUUUUGAUGACAAUAAGGAAGCUGGAAAAAGAGCUCAAAAUAUCCUGAAAACUGAGAUGGACAAUUUAUCAGAAAAAUUG